AUUGCGGAGUUCCCUUGGCCACCCGAACCUACUGACUGCGGACCAUACAAAUAUAUCAAAAAGUACCUGAAAGGUGUCAAAUUUCAAGAGGAUGAACUUGAGUUGGCAAUGAAAUUUCUAGAACAAGUCAAGAGCAGCUGGGGUUAUGAUGUCGACUGUGUUCCUCCUCGUUGGGUGCCCACUUCUGAUUUCCAACCAAUGGACAUUGACGAGAUUAAGUUGGACAGUCCGCAGAUGUUCAAAAUUCUGAACUCUACAGCAAAUUCUGUGAUUAACGAAAUCAAUACUGUGGCUGAGGCCAAG